AUGACCAAGAAGCUAACCCCACAAGAAAAGAAAAGUAGGAAGCCUGCUGUUAGAGCAUGCACAUUUUGUCAUUCCAAGCACUUGCAGUGUUCGAAUGAAAGACCAUGCAAUAAUUGCGUCAAGCGUAAUAUUGCGGAUUCUUGCACCGAUAUAGUCCGCAAGAGGACAAAGUAUUUGAAGACCAUGCCAACUGGAGAGUACCUGUUAGCCAGUCCUUCUUUAGAUACAACUUUGGUUAAAAAAAAUGACACCAAAACAUCUCCUACGAAACCACCACCACCAUCACCACCAUCAUCGACCAUAAUACCGUCGUUUGCCAUGUCCUCCCCUACACCACAGAACUCCCAUCAUCUUCCUAUAUCUGUUUCUGGUCAAGCACCCCCUGGCAUGAGACUUCCGUUGUCGCAUACGGCCAAUGAUGAUAGUAGCAACGGUCCGACUGUCGCAGCUGCAACAGCCACAGCAGCUGCAACAGCCACAGCAGCUGCAUCACCACCUUUGGUGUAUUCACCGUCAGUCCAAAUCACUACGGAAUCGACUUCAGAUGUAAUUAAUCGGUUUCUUCAAACAGAUCUUAACAAAGCAGUCAAUAACAUCGAUUCUACACCUACAAACAAUAAUAUCGUGACAGGAGGCCUUGUAGACGACGAUGGCAGCGAUACUGUGUCUCAAUCUAUGAGUAACUUUCAUUCUAAUUUCCUUAAUGAAGAGUAUCUUAUGUUAGGAGAUAUUAUUCUUCAUUCCAAACCAUCUUCACCUUCCCCGUCUGUUCAAAGUGUCGAUUACGGUACGGUAACUGAUAAUCCUUUACUAUCUUCCCAAACUGCUGGAACUCACAGACGUCAAUGGAGCCGUCAAUCACAAUCGCAUCAACCUCCAUCUAAGCUUCAACAUCAUUCUUCUAAAUACCAACAACAAAGAUCACCAAAUCUUGCACCAGUUUCCAACCAUGUUGUUUCUCACCUGCAGUCUUCAAGUUCAUCUCUUCCAAUUCAACCAGAUCAAAGCUGGCCUCCAGAAACAGCAUUACCCAAUAUCGGAGGUGUUAUCACUGGUGGCUCAGCAGGUACUAAUAAAUCACACAGACCUUUCAUAUCACUUGGAGUGACUCUGGGUGAUGAAGUUGAAGAUCCAUUGAACUCCAACAUCCCUAUGAAUCAGCAUCCUCUACCUACUUCAGGACCAUUGGGAAGUACAGCUUCUCAUCCUCAUCAUUCCGUAUUGAACACAGAAUAUGUUUCUCCCUUGGUACAACGACAUAUUUAUCAAAGUGUUCAAGACAUCUAUACCAAUAAGAUUCUUAAUUUCGACUACCCUCAGUCUUACCAUUCAUUAACCCAUUUCCUUAAGACACGGUUUGGCAUUGAUCACAAUGGCUCAACAGAAGAAGAACGCAAGACAAAGAGAAAGAAUUUAUUACAAAUCUUAAAGCUAAUUGCCAGUUACAGACCUACAUUUAUUCUGGCCUAUAAGAACUUAUUAAUUCCUCACGAUCUAGAGCUCUUGGAGAUUCUGUUUCAACGAUGUUUGUUUGAUCAUCAACGGUUAAUGAAAUUGAACUCUUCUCCCACUAUAAUGUGGAGAAGAACGGGAGAGAUCGUGUCUAUUUCAGACGACAUGCUCUCACUACUUGAAUAUAACAUCAACGAUAUUCUUUCACAACGUCGCUUUAUUUUGGAGUUGAUGUAUGACGAUGAGUCUAUCUUAAACUACUUUAAGUUAUUCAAGUCUGUGGCUGUUGGGAAUCUCCAUUCAUCCAUUGUAACCAAAUGCAAUUUGAAGACUAAAUCUUCAGAUAAAUGUGUGGAGUUCUGUUGUGUUUGGACAGUGAAAAGAGACCUUUUUGACUUACCAUCGUUGAUGAUUGGCCAGUUCUUGCCAGUACUACCCAUUGGUGACGGUUUCAGAAUGUAUUGA